UGGGAGUUCGUCUGACAUUCGGGCCACUUUAUCGGAAUGAGGAGCACGUAAACAAGAGAAUCUCGGGCCACGGUAGAUUAGCCAAGGAAUCGGGUGGCCAGCAGGAUGAUACGGCCCUUCGUCACGCUGCUCUACUUCCUGCUGACCAGUUCGUCCAUCGUCUUCACGGCCUGUGUCAACAAUGUAACGGGCACCAGUUCGCCCGGACCCGGACCCGGACAAAGCACCUCGCUGACCAGCGGGCACAUUCAUCGCACGGCGGCGGCCAUCGAGAGGGUUAACCUGCUGUGGUGCUACGCCUGCCACACGAUGGACGAUGGCGAGGCCUGCGUGGAUGUGGCGGUCCGGAACGACACCGCUCUGAUGAAGAAGUGUCAUGGCGAGGAGUUCAUCUGCAUGGUCAAGCGAUUCUCGUACACCACCAGCACGGAGAACUCGACCAGUUCGCCCAAGAUGUGGUCCUUGGAUCGCAGAUGUGCCGCCAACUGUGAGCCCGGCUGCAUCAUCAUUGGCGAGCGGACCAAACUGUAUGCCUGCACCUCCUGCUGCGAGGAGUCCUUCUGCAACACGGGUCGCGGUGCCGCCUCCGGAAUCUUCCAUCGCGAGGACACAGGCAUUGGCACACGGCUCUUCUGGCUGGCCGCCCCCUUUUUGGUCAACAUGUCGUUGGUGCUGUACAAACGUCACGCCGGCCACGUCCUCCUCAAGCUGCAAUAGUCAUCCGCAUCACCUCCACUCAAUGCCAAAUCCUAGCUAAUUAUAGAUCUAUGUCUCCUGAACUGUAGAUAGGCCAUCAGGUUGCCGUGUGAUAAUUAAAAGCUGGCCUCGUCACUACAGCGAGCUCACACAUAAAUAAAACGAGAAAUUCUUUAGGCUAGUAUUAUUACCCUCAAUUAAAAUUAAUUAAAAAGAGAUUCUCAAAAUUGGAUAUACUUAACAAAAUAUCUUUACAUUACAAAAGUAAUUGGUUAAAUUAUUAGUUAUUAAUUAUAUUUACCAAAAAAAGCAGCUUGUUUUUAUGUCUUUAAAUUUGAACGGAAAAUUUAUAUAUGUACUUAAUUGACUUAUGUAUACUUAUGUAACAUUCUAUUCUACAGUUUGUCUUUAGUCCGGUUAUUUUCAAAAUUAGAGUGUUAUGACCCAGCUAAUUGUAUUAUAUGCAAAAUUAUAAGCUCAUUAAUUUGCCUUAGCUUAUCGUAAUGUAAACUGUUAAUAAAAUAAUUUUAAUCUCACCAAUCAAUAUUUUGCCUCUAGACUAGUAUUAUUAUAUUAAUAUGUUUUACCUUGAAUUAAAAUUAAUUAAAAAAAGAUUCUCAAUAUAUCAUAUAUUUAUCAAAUUAUCAUUA